UCUUUUGGGUAUAAAUACAAAGUGGAGACCGAAAAAAACAAAUGGCAGAUUCUCCAGGCUCAGAAAAAACGAAGAGCUCAUCGUUGAUGGAUAACUUAUUGGGCCUUCUUCGGGUUCGGAUCAAACGGGGCGUUAACCUCGCCGUUCGUGAUGUUCGAAGCAGCGAUCCUUACGUUGUUGUUAAAUUGGAUAAACAGAAAUUGAAGACUCGUGUAAUAAAGAGGGAUGUUAAUCCUGAGUGGAAUGAGGAUUUAACUCUUUCCAUAACAGAUCCUAGUACUCCAAUAAGACUGACAGUUUAUGACCAUGACACUUUUAGCAAGGAUGACAAAAUGGGAAAUGCAGAGGUUGACAUCAGGCCGUACAUAGAAGCCUUGAAAGUGGAUGUGGAUGGUAUCCCGAAUGGAACCACGAUAGCCAGAGUGCAACCUUGCAGGACCAACUGCCUGUCCGAGGAGAGUGCCAUCACUUUGGUCGACGGGAAGGUUGUGCAAGACAUUUGCCUCCGAUUGAGAAACGUGGAGUGCGGUGAAGUGGAAAUCCAACUUCAAUGGAUUGAACUUCCCGGGUCUAAAGGUUUAUUAUGAAGUGUGUGUUCAUAAAAAUGCUGUUUCGUUCCAUAUUGUUAUGUUUUUUGUUGCAGGUUUGGGGAGCUUCUAAUACCGGGCACCGUUUGAGUUUUCUGCCGAGGUUGGUUUUGUUCUUUUUGAAACGGUUUGAAUAUGUAGUUAAAAUAUAUCUAAUAGUAGCAGUUGAACUUGGCUCGUAUGUAGGAUUGAACAAAAAUAUUGGUAAUUAUUUCACAACCGAUACGCCCCUAAGUGAAGUAAUUGCCUUUUGUACAAUUUAAUUUUCUGAGCUUAAGGUCUUUGUCAGAAGCUUUUCCUUUUUGAACAUUCUUCAAUACUUAUUUUAUGAUUCUGUAAAUAUUGGAUUAUGAAAUUAUACUUCUUACUUGUUUUUAUA